UGGAAGCGUUUAGUCGUGGCUAAACGGUCUUACCUCUGAGUGGGCUUCACUUCCCAAUUAACAUUUAGUAUAGCACUAAGUCUGUUAACUCCCUCAGUAUUUAGUUUUUCGUCAAUCCGAUUCGAAUUAAGGAGAAUAAUAUAAAUACUAAUUGCGUAACCUUGCCUAAUAUCAGUAUCAACUUUAUCGUCGUCGGACUAGUUUAAGCGCGAGUAUCCCUGGCAGAUGCCCUUCGGGUAUAACUUAUUAGGAAAUAAUUGAUUAAUGUCCGGGUAAUUGUGUGGUGCUAAAAUUUUCGAAUCCGACGGUGUCUUGCAUGGAUUAAAACAGCAGAGCAAUUGUGCAUCAACUUGUGAGCAUUAAUGAUUUAUGCGAGCUGCAGUCACACAGAAAGAGCAAAAAUAAGUGAAGAAAGCCGUCCAGUUUGGAGCCGAAUCGGCAGCAAUUAUACAACGAAUCUCAUCGCAACCGGCGAAACUGUAUUUGGUAGCUCUUUUCGAAUAUUAUGUGGUGGUUGCAGCUCAUCGGCAACCAACAUCAAAAAUAACAAGACGGGGUUCCACAACAGUAAAUUGCACACUAGAACCACCACUCUCCAGUGGUUGUUUUUCAUUGUCAUUUUGUAUGCCACAUUGACAGAAAUGUUGCCUGAGGUGGAUGCUGUGCCACUGGCCGGCGCAACGAGCAGGAGCCUUAGCCAGUGUCGAUCAGCCGACUGUGACACGGCCCAUAAUAGACCAAAAGCCAAACCAGGCGUUGCACAAAGCUUUGCCUGCAAAAAAAGACUGAUUAAGCGUACCGACGCUAACUUGAAGAUCUGUACCCCGGAGCGUGUUAGGCAACUGUUCCCGGAUUCGGUGCCUUGGCAGAAUCCCUGUUCAGCAAAUGCAUAUGACGACCAUGCAGUUAUAGAAAAGAGGCAUCUAAAUCUCGACCCACUCAAACGUCAUCUCAAAAACAUGCUGAUUACUAAGUAUGGCAGCUGCAAUAAUAGCGAUAAGACGGAUUGGUGUCACAAAUCCCAACAGUACUCAUUUUUCGAACAUAGCAGAAGAACUGAUAAACUCUGCUUACGCUUAGAGCACAAGCGCCUUCAAGUCUAUGUCGCUGGACUGAGCUACCUGAACCGUUUGAAUGAGAACGCCAACCUGACAACUAUUGUACAAAACGCUAAAACCCUGCUGUGUGAAAUCGAAACCGCUAUUAAUCAGACCGCGUGCAUAAAGCCCCCUAGCCCUCUUUCGCCACGUGAAAUGUGCCUGCGGCUCAAUCUGCAGAGUCUUCAUGAGACAGAGGAGCAGACCGGAGUGGACGUAAUCUUUGCCAAAGCCAAUUUCGGGAAAUACCUGCGCGGAUUAAAUAGAACUCUUGCCUCACAACGACAGCCAAAUGUCUGCGGAAGACCAAAGCUUUCUGGUAAUCGAAGGCGGAUAUCUGCUGACUCCUCCGGAAGGAUAACAAGUUCAAUUGACAGUAGUGCCUCAAACACGUCCAAUCAGUCAAAGCCGAGACGGCGGAAGAAUCGCUUGAGGAUCUCCGCGAAACCCGCCCUGAAUGCCAGGAACCGCGGACGUGCAGGACAGAGGGGUGCCCACGUCGAAUAGCUUCCCGUGCAAAAAUGAUCUACAAAUCGAUCUCACUUUUCGUUAGAAGUUUGUCCAACUUAAAGAGCCACAACUUAAGACCAAAACAUUAGACUUAGGGCCCGAACGCGCGGUAGCGAAAACCUCUAACUUAUUUUAACUGAAGGUUCCUUGCAGGUUGCACCACUAGGUUAAAGAGCAUUUAACCCGGCAUGGUGCGCACAUUCUUCCAUUCCAAUUAAAGUAUUCAUUAGUUUAGCUCUUCAGAAUCAUUCCAAAAAUAUUCAUUGUAAUUAGUUGCUUAGGAUAGAAACUAGCAUGUAAAACGAGCCUUCGAAUCAAAUGGAUCGAACAUUUGUUAAAUUUGUUCCCAGACACGACAAUAUUAGGAAACUAUGCGUAGUUUUUUCGCUGUGAUAAAUUUUCGGCAUUAGGACGAAAAUGAAUUUUUCUAACAACCUUUAUACGAGCAGCAUAUUCUAAAUUUUAACUAUAAUUUCAAGGAAAAGCCAUUUCAAAUAAUGUAACGAUUCUAAUUUAGACUUAUUUAUUUUCCCUCAUGUAUAAACAAAUUUUGAUGAAUCGACUGAUUUACACAAACCUAGACCAUACAAUAUCAAUUAUAACACUAAGCCCAGUCUACUGAAUUUUUCUAAUUAUUGACUCCCUUUUAACGAACUUUAAAUUAAAUGAAUUUCUAUGGCAAUAUUUUACCGCAGUGCAUUUUAAAUAUGUAAGAAUUUUUUAGGUUCUAAGAUCAUGGCACUCUAUUUAUUAUUGUCAUCUAUACCAUUUAGCAAUUGUAAUAAUUAUUUAUUAUUUAUUUAUAUAAGAACAAGCAAUCAGAAAAUUGCUGUCUAUCAAACAAACGAAAAUAAAAAGAGA